AAGAUGAGUCACCAGAAGGGACUUAAGUGUAAGAUACCCUCCUAUACCAACCUCACCUUGAACAGGGGGCUCUUUUUAUUAUGAAAGCUCACCAGUCAUGAAUGAAGAUGAGCACGAUUUUGCCCACUUUCAAAACAUGACCAUUCCCUGCAUGAAAAUACGAGAUUCUAAGUCCCCACCCAAAGCCCAAGUGGAUGCGGCCUCUCUACUGCAAGCCAUGGAUAAGAACAAAGAAUCUUUAAAAGUGAAACUUAUGACUAGGAGGCCUAUCAAUCAGCUUGUAGAGCAAGGAAUUAUUCCAUCUCUUAAAGUGCCUCCACAUUUUCAUGAGCAAGUUCAAAAACUAGAAAGGGCAAAGACUGGAGACUUCCUGAAAAAUAAGAUUCAGAGGAGACCCGAUAGACAAGCAUUAAUUCAGCAACAUAUAUUAGAAGAUACUAAAAUUGAUCCCAGUUUACAAGACAAACAAAGGCAAUUAAAGAAAGCUCGUUUAGCAGAUGAUUUGAAUGAUAGAUUGUCUCACAGACCUGGACCAUUGGAACUGGUUAAAGGAAAUAUUUUACAUGCUGAUGAGAAAUUUGCUCAGGCAUUGAAAGAGGGACAGAUUCCAUUCAAAAGAACUUGUGAAGGGCAAGCUCUCAGAAAUCCAGCUCCCAGUUUCAUAUUUGAAGAUGACAGUGGAAGCGAUGUGGCGCUGUCCCCACCACAGGACUCUCUCGACCAGUCCCUCAGCAGCAUGCCUUCUGUGGAAACGAUGGUUUUAUCACCGUACCAGAAUCAGGAUUCUCCUACUAAUAGUAUGGGAGAGCUUCGAAUCACGACAACCACUCCUCCAUCUUUAAAUUCCCCUGUCUCUAGUCAACUUGGAAGCACAUCCCAGGCUGAAAGUACUCACAAAGAACAUGUUACAACUGUUCGUACGAGAAAAAAAUCCAAGCCAAAAGCUCAGCCUAAGACAAGAACAAUAAAGUUUCAUGAGUAUAAGGGUCCACCCAGUGCUCAAAAAAAUCAAGCAUCAAAUGCUGAAAUAGAAUCUUCAUAUGACCUUCUGCUUCAACAGCAACAACUUUUCCUUCAAUGGCAGCUAGAAUGGCAACAAAAAUAUCCUCAUCAAAUGAUCCUUCCUCAACCUCCAGUGGACCAAUCUAAGUCUAUAAGUUCUGUACAAAGUACAAGUCCAGAUCUACAGCAAGAUAUUCAACGUUCACUGCCUCAAAAUUCAGUGUCAAAAUUUGAAGACUUGAAAGUGAAUGAUUUGAAGGCAGAACUGAAGAAAAGAAACCUUCCUGUAUCAGGAUCAAAACCUCAACUAAUAGAGCGCCUUAAAAAAAGUCUUGAAUCAAGUUAUGGUUCUAAACCAAGUAAUAAUUGCAAUAAGGUUGAAACAACUACAGUUCCUUUGAACGUGAAUGGAAUUAUUCUGGACACGCUUCCUGCUCUUGUGACACAACCUGACACUGUAACAUCUGUAGUUACUGUUGAAGCACCCUUAAAUGCAUCGACUCAGAUCAAGAUGGCCGACGAACCUCCUGCUCUAAUGGUUUAUAAUGCUGUACCUAUAUCAGGACAGAUAGUCGCGUCUCGUCCUUCUUCAGCUGCACCUAUGGAUAUAGAUAUGAACUCUAAUGUAGAUUCUAUGGACUGUACAGAAAAUACUCUUGCGAGAAAUGAAAAUAUUGUAAAACUGCAACAGAAGAAAAUUCAACAGUUGCAACGGGAAUUACAAAGGUCACAAAUGAAGUUGCAGCAACAACAGUGGCUACAGCAUCAACAAGCACAACAACAAGCUCAGCAGCAGGUUCUGCUAGCAGCAACACAACCUGUUCCUAUUGCACCAGCACCCCCUAAUCAUUCAACUGCUGUCUCACUGACAAACUCUAUACCUCAAACCAGCAAUGUUGAUGCAAAGGCUUUGCAGAAGUUGCAACAGCACUUACAGCAGAAGUUUCAGCAACAACAGUUACUUCAACAGCUCCAGCAACAAGCUGGUGGUGGAAAAUUUGCUCCUGGUUCCCCAGCUAUGUCAGCUGCCGUGAAAGCAAAUUUAGCUGCAUUUAUUCAUAACCAACAAGCAAAUUCUUCUUUGCGAUUGAAUGGCGUUACUGCAGUAAAUCAGCAAAACAUCCUGCCAUAUGCUGGGUUAAAGCCAAUUGUACUGUGCCCUGCUCAAACAGUGCCUGCAGUUGUUGAGAAGCCUCGGGCUAACUCAUUGCCAAAUGGGAUUGGACAACAAAAAUUAAUAUGGACAUCAUCUGUUCCAAAUUUUUCAAAUGUUAUUGCUCCAAAGCAACCUCAAGCAGAAUCAACUGAUUUAAAAUUUACUGCAAAGAAGAACCCACCAGAUUAUACAGAAGCAACCAAACUUCUUGCCAAAAUUAAGCAGGAAAAACCUCAAUCUUGUACAAAACGUAGUGGUCGAAAAUCUGUGAAAAGUCAAGCAGUAGAUGAUGUUUUAGAAAUAUUAAUAAAAAAUGGAGAGUUGCCACCAAGUGCUGCCCAAGAACCACCUACUCCCACGACUCCCGAGACACAAAAAGCAUGUUCCAUGGCUCCAUCAUUUCCCUCUGUGGUUAAUACAAACUCUCCAUUAUUAAAUGACUCAGAAAGUUUAACAGAAUCUCAAAAUGCCCACCUUCCUGUCAAAUCUGAACCUUCUGCUAGAGACGCAGAAAGAAACAGUGAACAAAAUCCACCCAUUGUUUUUGACUUGCAUUUGGAACUGCAAGAUAUCGAAGCUAUGGAUUUAGGUGUCCUGGACCGGAAUGACGCUCCGGAUUGUGUGCCACAAUCUGCCGCGCCAUUCAGUGAACUGACACAACAAACACAACUCAAUUGUCCUUUAUCAAACAGUGAUAUGGACAUGGAUGUGGAGCUUCCUGAAUGGUUAGAUGUAUUGACUAAUAAUAACCCCUUAGUUUCUUCCACGAAUCUGCCUCGGAGCUAUGGUUACAACAGUGAUCCUCUGUUGCCCAGUAUGAGCAACGGUCAAGACACUUUAGACAUGUUUUCUCUAGAUGAUCUUGAUUUCAAGACAGCAACAGAAAACAACAUACUGAGUUGGGAUAAGGUUGACUAUGCUACAUAAAGCUUUGUGAUAAGUGAGAAUUGAUUUCUCGGUGAAAUGAAUGUGCUCAAGUAUUGCUUCCUGCCGGCCAUGUUUUUGGAUCAACUGGGUAAUUUGGAGUAAAGUUUGUAAUCCUCUUUGUAGAUUUUUUUUUUUUUUUACAUUCAGAGUAAACUCUUUCAUCAGACUUAUUUUAUGUUCGAAAGGGAUGUGAAAAUAGAAAAACACUUUGCGGUUAAAACCUCCCAAAAAAGUGAAUUCUGAAACUUUUCGAGAUGAUGGAUUCAUUUUAUAAAACGUUAUGGAAUAUAAUGUUUUCAUUUGUAUAAAAAUGUGCUAAUUGUAGAUCAAGAAACACAUGUUACGAAUCAUUCAUUUGCAGAGGACUUAGUCAACAAGGGUCUUCAUUUUACAGCAUUAUGUCAUUGAUUAUGUAUAUUUUUAAGUGGAAAGUUCAUGAUGUAGUGGAACUUUGUUUUAUAGUUGGCCUGCUGGUUCGAGACCAACAAUUAUGUUUUCAGUGUGGCGGGCAUACCAUUCCCACAUUUAUAAUAUAAUCUUAAACAUUCAUGAUUGAAAUGGUUUUAUAUUUCUCUGAGAUGUUUAAUUGAAGUGUUGUAAAUG